GGAGCUAGCGGACCAGAGGGAGGAGGCUCAGCCAGUGUGUGUAUCACUGUGUGUUCUAUAGUGUGUGUGACUGUGUGUGUGUGUGUGUGUGUGUGUGUGUGUGUGUGUGUGAGGCUGUGGCUGCCGCCUGUCGCAGACUAGCAGGCACGUCCGCUGCUGCGCUCUUGUUCCAGCAGACUUUUUGCUCUCCACCUUGCCUCUCCAGCUCAGGCCCGCUUCUCCUCACAGUCCGGGAUACCGAGGGAUCCGCGCGGGGGGACAGGAGAGAACGGACGCCGGUGUUCCUUCCCCUCCUUCUGGUACUCUUGAACCACCUCGUAGUAGCUGACAGCUCCGGGCGGACGUGCGGGCAGGAUGAUAGCGGCUCAGCUCCUGGCCUACUACUUCACUGAGUUGAAGGAUGAUCAGCUCAAAAAGAUCGAUAAGUACCUGUACUCCAUGCGGUUCUCGGACGAGACGCUGAGGGACAUCAUGAACCGUUUCCGCAGGGAGAUGGAGAACGGGCUCGGCAACGACACCAACCCCACCGCCACCGUGAAGAUGCUGCCCACCUUCGUCAGGUCCAUCCCCGACGGAUCAGCAACUACAAACCUCUUUGACCAUGUUGCCGAGUGCCUGGGUGACUUCAUGGAGAAGCAAAAAAUCAAGGACAAAAAGCUCCCUGUGGGAUUUACGUUCUCCUUCCCCUGUGCCCAAACCAAACUGGACGAGGCCGUCUUAGUGACGUGGACAAAGAAGUUUAAGGCCAGCGGUGUCGAAGGCGCGGACGUUGUGAAGCUGCUGAACAAAGCCAUCAAGAAACGAGGGGACUAUGAAGCGGACAUCAUGGCCGUGGUGAACGACACCGUCGGCACGAUGAUGACGUGUGGAUUUGACGAUCAGCGCUGUGAAGUGGGAAUCAUCAUCGGAACGGGGACAAACGCCUGCUACAUGGAGGAGCUGCGUCACAUCGACCUGGUGGAAGGAGACGAAGGCCGGAUGUGCAUCAACACCGAGUGGGGCGCCUUUGGGGAUGACGGCUCCCUCGAGGACAUUCGCACGGAGUUCGACCGCGAGAUUGACAGAGGUUCUGUCAACCCGGGAAAGCAGCUGUUUGAGAAGAUGGCCAGUGGGAUGUACAUGGGCGAGCUGGUUCGACUCAUCCUCGUCAAGAUGGCCAAAGAAGGACUGCUGUUCGAGGGGAGAAUAACCCCCGAGCUCCUGACGAAAGGAAAGAUCGAGACAAAACAUGUUUCUGCCAUUGAAAAGACUAAAGAAGGGCUGAAGAAAUGCAUGGAAAUCCUGACGAGGCUCGGGGUGGAGCCGUCGGACGAGGACUGUCUGGCCGUGCAGCACGUGUGCACCAUCGUAUCCUUCCGCUCAGCAAAUCUCAUUUCUGCAACUUUGGGAGGCAUCCUCUCUCGCCUUAAGGAAAACAAAGGAGUUGCACGCCUUCGCACCACAGUGGGCAUCGAUGGCUCUCUCUACAAGAUGCAUCCGCAAUACGCUCGCCGUCUGCACAAAACAGUGCGCCGCUUGGUCCCAGACUCAGAUGUCCGCUUCCUGCUGUCUGAAAGUGGGAGUGCGAAAGGCGCAGCCAUGGUGACGGCGGUGGCGUACCGCUUGACGGAGCAGGCGCGCCAGAUUCAGCAGACGUUGGCAGAGUUCCGGCUGAGCAAAACUCAGCUGUUAGAAGUGAAGAAGCGGAUGAGGGUGGAGAUCGAGAGAGGCCUGAAGAAGAACACCCACGAGGAAGCCACGGUCAAAAUGUUGCCCACCUUCGUUCGGAGCACACCGGAUGGAACAGAAAACGGAGAUUUUCUCGCCCUGGAUCUCGGAGGAACCAACUUCCGUGUACUUCUGGUGAAGAUUCGCAGCGGGAAGAGGCGAACGGUAGAGAUGCACAACAAAAUCUACGCCAUUCCUAUAGAAGUCAUGCAGGGCACAGGAGAAGAGCUCUUUGACCACAUUGUGUACUGCAUCUCCGACUUCCUGGACUACAUGGGAAUGAAAAGUGCUCGACUGCCGCUGGGUUUCACCUUCUCUUUCCCCUGCCAUCAGACCAGCCUGGAUGCAGGUAUCCUCGUAACCUGGACCAAAGGUUUCAAGGCCACAGACUGUGAGGGUGAAGAUGUCGUGGAGCUUCUUCGGGAAGCGAUCAAGAGGAAAGAGAUGGAGAAUCCAGAGUUUGAGUUAGAUGUGGUUGCCAUAGUGAACGACACAGUGGGGACGAUGAUGACCUGCGCAUACGAGGAACCCACGUGUGAGGUGGGACUAAUCGCAGGAACGGGCAGCAACGCUUGUUACAUGGAAGAGAUGAGGAACAUCGAGAUUGUGGAAGGAAACGAGGGCCGCAUGUGUGUCAACAUGGAGUGGGGGGCGUUCGGAGACAACGGCUGCCUCGACGACAUCAGGACGCAGUACGACCAGGCGGUGGAUGAGAACUCGCUCAACGAAGGCAAACAAAGGUAUGAGAAGAUGUGCAGUGGAAUGUACCUGGGUGAGAUUGUCAGGCAGAUCUUGAUUGAUCUCACCAAGCGUGGCUUCCUCUUCCGGGGCCAAAUCUCAGAGACGCUGAAGACCAGGGGCAUCUUCGAGACCAAGUUCCUGUCACAGAUAGAGAGCUUCUCUCGGAUCUUCCUACAGACAGUUAAGGAACUCGCCCCCAAAUGCGACGUCAACUUCCUGCUGUCCGAGGACGGCAGCGGUAAGGGGGCUGCCCUCAUCACUGCUGUGGGCUGCCGCCAGAGGGAGCUGGAUGCCCAGCAACACUGAGGAGUUCUGUCCCGUUUGAACUACCUGCUGCUCCACCGUGACCUUCACCCACCGCACAGCCCAAGUCCAUCUCCCCUUGGCAGCCGUGACUCCACCUCUGCCCACCUGGUCCAUCGACAGCCACAGAGACAUGCUGCACGCGUAAAGGAUUAAAACUAACUGAAUAUCAAAAUAUUUAUUUAUACUGCACCAGAGGGUUUAUUAUUUUCAUGUUUGUACAUUUUCCUCAAUAGCUUGUCAAUAAUCUGACAAAUCUAAACUCCGUAGGUGUGCAAUAUUUGUGUAUUGCUAAUUUUAUUUUUAUAUGGAGGCAAAUAUAUAAUUGUAUUUAUAUAGCUAAGGCCACUUUGAAUCCCAGAUGUUAUUAGGAUUUUUCACCAUAGACACAAGUAAAUGUCUGCACCUUUUGUAUGAGCAGCAUUUCAAUGUAAUUUCCAAACGAAGGAUGUCCUCCUCGCUGAAAGAUGAAGCCCAUUUUUACAGGCUCCACUGGUUCUGAAAACCAGUUCCAAAAGGGCUUGCUGCAUGGAGUUGAAUGCAAGAGUCACGGCUGUUAAAACCAUCCACAUGCUCACACGACAUGCUAGGCUACUAACCCCCCUCUUUCUCAUGUAACUGUCAAUGUACCUCACAUAUUCAAAUAUUCCUGCAGCGCCACGCCAUUUAUUCCUCGAGAGCGGACAAGGUAGAAAAAAAGCCCCGGCGGGAAGUGUUAGCGUAUCCUGUUGCUAUUUGUGAACUACUAUACUUUUGGUGUUGUGAUGAAUUCCACUUCUACUCAUUGUAUGUGCAAAGAAUAAAUGUUUAUUGGGCCCCAAGAAAAGUGGACACUCGGAGCGCUUUUGUGUGUACCUGUGGCUGAGUGUCAGUGUGUCUUUACUGUAAUGACCUGUAGCUUUUAAUGUCCAAAGCUCUGUGGAGACUGCAUGCCUUACAUUAAGACAGGAUAGUGCUGGAUCAUUUGAUUUCCUCUUUGGAUUUUUUUGUUUUUUACAUCAGUAUAGAUUUGUGAUCGACACAGUAAAAAGUGAAUUCAUUAAAUUAUAUUUUGUUGUGGCUUAAACCUGUGUCUCGUUCUUAAACUAUGAGCAGCCGUAAGCAGAGGUAUGUGUAACCUCGUGAUACCGGGCCGAGAGCUUGACGGUGAGCUGACGUGUGCUAGCUGCAGGACAUGUGAAGCGAAGCACCUGGUACAAAGGAAGAGAGGAAUCAGCUUCGUCCUCAGCAUUAUGAGGGUUACCUAUGCAGGCAGCUGGAUUUGUGUUGAGGUAGGGGAGUAGCCAAGACAGAAAUAUUUAUAAAAAUCACAAUAUAAAUAUCGUGGAAUUCCUAAAGCCGGGUAUAUCUAAAGAACACGAGUUCAUUUUGAUCAACAUAUGGUUUCUAUUAGCAGAUAAAUUGUGAGUGUGAGUUAAUAUCACUGGUGUAAAGCAGUAAGAAUAAAAAUUUGCUCAAUGACAACAU